UUUCUACUUGAGGGCAAAGAAUUGAGGGGAAGAAUUUGUAAAGGCGAGGAGUAAAUAGUGUUAGUAUUUGCUCCCGAUGGUUGGACCAUGUCGAGGCGCAAGCAAUCCAAGCCACAGCACAUCAAUUCCGAAGAGCCCGGUUCGGUUGAAAAUGGGGCUUUGCAGGAUGGGCCAGGAGAGGAGGAGGGGACUGAGGUGAAGCGAUGUCGCAUGGAAGAGACGAGGGUCUGUAACAAGUGCUGCGCUGAGUUCUUUGAUGAGCGAGAGUUGAUUGAACAUCAACAGAGUUGCACUAAGAGCCAAGAGGUGGUCAUCAUGAAGGACGGAGGAAGGGAAGACGUCCUUCCAGAGUUCUCCCACGACUCAUCGAAUGACUUCCAGAAUGGCCACAGCCAUGAGGAGUCGGCUGACCCUCAAUCCACCGUGGGUGAGGAGGAAAUGGAAGAUGAGCAGCUGGCAAAACAAAGUACUGGUGAAGAGUUUUUGAUUCAAACACAAGCCGAGAUGUCAAGCGCUGACGUUGGCCACCCCUCGUCAUCGAAACACCAGGACUCGAACAAUGUCACUUUAGAAUCCAUGCCAGCGACCAAAGUUGCCGUAACUCAGCAUUCAUCAUCCACUAACUCAUCAUCCCUCUCUAGCUGCAAGUCUCCUCCAUCACAGGAUGUGGCCACUCCUGUGGCCCAUGCUAUUCCCAUGAUCCUGGAGCAGCUGGUGAGUCUCCAGCAGCAGCAGCUCCAGCAGAUCCAGCUGACUGAGCAGAUUCGGAUCCAGGUGGCCAUGAUGACUCCUCAAGGCCUGAGCUGUGUGGUAGGCGCCACCCUCGACCCACUGAAGGCCCUGGGAGCUCACCUUUCCCAGCAGCUCUCUGCAGCUGCAGCACUCAUCGGCAAACGCACCGGUUCUCAGAGCCUUUCGUUGGAGACUUUGAAGCAGGGUAAACUACCUCAGACCAACGGGCCCACUUCUCUUGCCACAGGCCUGGGCUCGAUGACCACCAAAACUGACCUCCUGAAGGGCCUCCCAGACCUGGCCAGCCGGCUGCCCAACCUUCUGCCUCAGUCUCCAGGAGCUCUGGCCUUCUCUAGCCCGUUUAGUGCGCUCGCAGCAACAGGACUCGACUCCUCCAAAAAAGGGAGCAGCAAGACUACAGGUCUGCCGUCCGAGGUGAAAAAUGGGUCUGGAGACCAUGCGUUUAAACACAAAUGUAAGUACUGUGGGAAGGUAUUUGGCAAUGACAGUGCACUACAGAUUCACCUGCGCUCACAUACGGGGGAAAGGCCCUUCAAGUGCAACAUCUGUGGCAACCGGUUUACUACCAAAGGAAACCUGAAGGUGCACUUCCAGAGGCACAAGGACAAGUACCCACACAUCAAGAUGAACCCCCACCCUGUUCCAGAACAUCUGGACAACAUUCCUACAAGCAGUGGCAUUCCAUAUGGCAUGUCGUUGCCGAUAGAGGAGUCUAACUUUGUAGAUGUUAAACCAGUUUUAGGCAUGUCUGCGUCAGGCUUCCCUUCGUCUGUGCUACAAGGGUACAAACCCUUUGACUUGAGUGCUGACCCAUACUCACAAAGGCCAUCGUCCUCUGGUAGUGAUGGCACCUCCAUCCACUCCAGCAUGUUUCAACAAGAGAUGGGCAUGGAACAGACUCCAGAGUCUACAGAGACACUGGUCGGACUGCAGCAUAUGAACAGCAAAGUGGCCAGUGGUGACGGACUUGGCACAACAAAGCUUCAGCAGAUGGUGGAUGGGUUGGAGAAGAGGACCAAUGACCCAAACGAGUGUGUGAUCUGCCACCGCAUCCUGAGCUGCCAGAGCUCACUGAAGAUGCACUACCGCACACACACCGGAGAGCGCCCAUACAAGUGCAAGAUCUGUGGUCGGGCCUUCUCCACCAAAGGUAAUCUAAAGGCUCAUUAUGGUGUGCAUCGCUCCAACACGCCACUGAAGAUGCAGCAUUCUUGCCCCAUCUGUCAGAAGAAGUUUACCAAUGCUGUGGUCCUGCAGCAACACAUCCGCAUGCAUAUGGGGGGUCAGAUCCCCAACACUCCUGUGCCUGAGACACAGUUUGAUGGACCCGAGUCCAUGGACUCCAGCCUGACUGAAGACAAGUCUCUCAUCGAUGGAAUGACCAACAACCUCCAAGACAGUCUUGAGGAGCAUGACUCUGAAAUGGAGCCCCAAGAAAAAGCUGUCAAUAUGUCAUCAGAACCCCUCGUCCACCAUGGCCCUUCUGAUGCCUCGAGAGACGAGACUCCGACGCUGCAUGGACCUUCACAGAUGUUUACAGGCAUCACGGCUUUGGAGAACCACAUGAAAAGUCUGACCGCAGCGUUGAAUCUGCAGCGGCAGAGCAGCACAGCAUCGGACAGUGACGGCGGCUUCAAGGACUCGCCGUCCACCAACACUCCCCACGCCGAGCAAGAUUAUAAGAACGGGCGCAGUCCAGCCGUCUCCGACUCAGUCUCCUUCCAUUCCUCGUCACCAGUGGCCAGUCAUCCAGGAAGUAGCCAGUCGAAGUCCCCAGAGUGUGCCUCUGUGGAUGCAACGGCCAAACCCGACUCCGAUGGUGGGCAGCAGGACUCCAGUGAUGGUGCACUGGACCUGACCUCGUCCAGCUUCGUCCCCAAACAGAUUAAAGAAGAGCCGGGUUUGCCCUAUUCAAAUGGAGAAUUUGCCCCAAACAACAUGCCCUACAUGAGGGUUCCUCCUAGUCUGGUGAAGCUGGAGAUGCAGAUCCCCCCAGAGACCUCUAUGGGCGCUCAUGAUCUGUUUCAGGGCACCGGCGGUCAGCCCUCAGCCUCCAGUGCCCCUCGCCGGUCCACCAAGCUGCACCUGUGCAACAGCUGUGGGAAGAACUUCUCCUCAGCCAGUGCUCUUCAGAUCCAUGAGCGCACACACACUGGAGAAAAACCUUUUGCCUGUACCAUCUGUGGCAGGGCCUUCACAACCAAAGGCAAUCUGAAGGUACAUGUUGGUACUCAUAUGUGGAAUAACUCUGCAAGAAGAGGGCAACGGCUGUCAUUGGACAAUCCUAUGGCACUCAUAGCUAUGGGUUCUGAGGCCAAGAUGUUACCCGACAUGAUUCCGCCACCGAAGGAUCUGGGGCACCCACCCAUGAAUUUUGAUCCCUCCGUGUGGAACAAGUAUGCUGCUGCCUUUACCAACGGCCUCACCAUGAAGACCAACGAGAUCUCGGUUAUCCAGAAUGGUGGGAUCCCUCUUCCAGGCACUCUUGCUGGGGGUUCACUGGUGGCCUCCACAGGGGCGAUGAUGAACAUGGAUGGGUCACAAACGGGUUUGUCUGCUGCGGUGGCUGAGAUGGAGAAGAAUGGCUCGGAGUCGAUGUCAAAAUCCCAGUUCCCGCAUUUCAUGGAGGAAGGCAAGAUUACUGUGAAUUAAUUUAAGGACCACCAUGACUUCCCUGAUAUUGAGCAUUAUGCCAACAUAGCAAAACAUUUUUGGUUUUGACUUAUUACUGUUUUCUGUAUUUGGCAGUUAUGGUGAAUCCUCAGUUUCUAGAACAUUCAGGGGUAUCUGGUACCGUUUUCUUGUCUCCCUCCAUAACUUGAAGAUUGCAUGUUCUCCUCCUUACUUGGCUUUUGAACUGUCUACCCAUUCAACAUCUUAGUGUUACUUGUAGAAGUUGAUAUAACUUCUUUAGUUGUAUUUGCUGUUCUUGUUCUCUAAUAUAUGCGGGUAUUUUUGUAUUUUUGGUAAGUCAGUCUUGUUUCUAGAAGUUGAAUGUAAGUCAUACUUGAAAAUGUUACCUCUAAGGCAUGACAUCGUAAAGUGAAGGAUUUGAGUUCUCACAAAGAUCAACUAGUUUCUCAAGACCACUUUUAUGUGCCAAUGGUGAAUUUAAACCAGCUAGAUACCCAUUAGUGAAUUCUUGGAAGGUUACCUUUGGGUGCCUAUGCCAGGGCACCUUCAAUCAUGUCAUAAAGAGGAUCUUAACAUGUGUAGUUACUUUUCCAUUGUUGACUGUUGCUAGUGAGAUGCUGUGUGGACAUUGACGGGGAAAUCUUUUUUUCUAUAUUAAAUUAUUUGCAUGGUUUGUGUUGCAAGUUCAUCAUCUGCUUUUGAAACCAAAAAUUAAUUUGCCAAGUGCCUAGUUUGAAUAUGGUCAUUGUUUUUGCUUGCUCUUUUUGAUUUAUUUUUUUUUAAGCACCACAAGAUUGUAAUGAAGGUUCUAUUUGAUGUCUAUAUGUGUGUGACCAAAAUGUUCUAUAUUUUUGCAUGUAGCAUUAGAGUAUCAUUGUUUUUGCAAACCUUUUACUAUUUACUGUGUAUCUUUCAGUAACUGGAUUCAUUUUUUUACUCUUUCCUCUCAUAAUAUAUUGGUUCCCCCCUUAUUUAGAUUGGUGGAUGAAAAUGGGUUUGCAGCUCCUCAGUAGAUCUGAAUAUGUAGCCUAUUUGAUGGUGAAUAUACUCAUCUGCUGCACUUUAUCUCCCUUUUUUUAUUUUAUUUUUUUACAAAAUUGGAAAUGUAAACAUUUAGGAUAUUUCAUAUCAAAAUUUGAUCUCAUACUGACGUUUACCAGUUGUCAUUUUCCACCCGCCACCCUGUACGCACUGGAGAUUAGGUGUUCAAUACUGGAUGUAAUGCCUUGCCAUUUAAAACCUGGAAAGAUUUGCUCAUGCUUCGUCCUAUUAACUAAGUGCUGGUCCCUUAUUAAUCCCAAACCCUUUUCUUAUUUUUGGGAUUACACACAGAAGUAAUUCUCACCAUCUUGGCCUAUGGGAAAUUAAGUGUGUGUGUGGUGUGUGUGUGUGUGUGUGUGCGCGUGUGUGUGUGUGUGUGUGUUCAUUCCAGUCCAUGAAGCAGUGGCCUGUUUGGCAACCCCUCUACCUCAUAUUUUUCUUAUUGUUUUUACUGUGUUCUCACUGUUAAAGUCUGGACAACUCUGCAUAGUCUGCUUCUUUGCAUUGUAAGUAAUUCUAUGCUUACAUCUCUUUGCCCCACAACUGCUGAUGUAUUCCCGUUUCUGUGCUGUUUUAAAGUAUGAAUGUAUUGUGGGACACUUUGCACAUCUCUUGCUCAGAAUAGACCAAGACUCUUGCUGUUCCUUUCUGAUUUAAAUAUGUAUAUGCAUUACCAAGUUGUGCCUUUUUCAUGUUACAAAAUGUUACAAAAUUGUCAGAACUGGGUUAAAGGGGUCUUGUAUUACGAUUCAUAAAUGGUGAGUCAGUUUUAGGCUUGUUUACAGUGUAGACCUUUUGUAAAUUUGUGCUUUUUGUUUACCAUUCAUCCACUCUAUUUUUCAAAAUAAAAAUAUGGGGUGAAUUUGG